AUUGUAAAUAUAGUGGCCAAAGAAAGGAAAACUCCCUAUAAAAGAAGCACAAAGCUCACACUCUUUGCCACCACUGAAGAUAUCAUCGGGGCAGCAUUUAGAGAGCCUUUUGGUUCCUUUUCUUGUUCCUACUUGAAGAGAGCCUUUUCUUGUCCUUUUUCUUGUCCUUUUUCUUUGUUCGUACUUGACAAGUAGUGAACACAGUCUGAAAGUAAAUAUGGAGCAAACCAAGAGUGGAGAAUCAGUUGGCACGGAAGAGGAGAAAUGGGUUUAUGAUUCUUCUUUUGACCAUAAAGGAAGGGUUCCUCUCCGCGCCACCACCGGUGCUUGGAAAGCCUCUCUCUUCAUCAUAGCAAUCGAGUUCAGUGAGAGGUUGAGCUACUUUGGAAUAGCAUCAAGUUUAAUCAUAUAUCUCACCAGGGUGAUCCAUAUGGACCUGAAAACAGCAGCAAAGAACUGCAAUUACUGGAUUGGCAUAACCACUAUGAUGCCUCUGCUGGGAGGGUUCUUAGCCGACGCUUGCCUUGGCAGAUUCUCUACAGUUCUCUGCUCAUCCUUUGUCUAUCUCUUGGGUUUGAUUCUGUUGACGUCGUCUAGACUUGUACCCAGCUUGAAGCCCUGUGAUGAUUCUGGCAUUUGCCAUGAACCGAGGAAGAUUCACGAAGUGGUCUUCUUUCUUGCCAUCUACUUGGUCUCCAUAGGUACUGGAGGCCAUAAACCCGCUUUGGAAAGCUUUGGAGCCGAUCAAUUUGACGAUGAUCACCAUGAAGAAAGAAUCCAAAAGAUGUCCUUUUUUAACUGGUGGAACUUUGGCCUCUGCUGUGGCUUAUUACUUGGCGUGACAGUGGUGGUUUAUGUCCAAGACUAUGUGAGUUGGGCUAUUGCAGAUUUAGUCCUGACUGCUGUAAUGGCUGUUAGUAUCGGGAUCUUCUGCAUUGGAAGGUCAGUUUAUCGGUAUAGGAAGCCGACAGGGAGUCCCUUUACCCCCAUGUUCCAGGUUCUUGUGGCUGCCUUUAGCAAAAGAAAUCUGCCAUAUCCUUCAAAUCCUGCUAAAUUUUAUGAAGUAAUUCCGAAGUCACGGAAGAUCGAGGGGAGGCUUCUCUACCACACCAACAAACUCAAGUUUCUUGACAAGGCAGCAAUCAUUGAAAACGAACAAAGUUCAGCUGAGAAGCAACAAAAUCCUUGGAGACUUGUAACGGUUACCAAGGUCGAGGAAAUGAAGCUACUCCUCAACAUGAUUCCCAUCUGGCUAGCCGCCUUGCCAUUUGGCAUUUCCGUAGCACAAACCUCCACAUUCUUCAUCAAACAAGCCACCACACUUAACCGCGAGAUUACCCACAGUUUCCAAGUGCCUCCGGCCUCUAUCUACUCUCUUGCUGCCAUUGGAAUGAUCAUCUCUGUCACCUUCUACGAUAGGAUCCUUGUACCAGUACUUAGAAACUUGACCGGAAACGAGAGAGGGUUCAAAAUUCUCCAGAGAAUCGGCAUUGGGAUGGCCUUUUCAAUUGUAACCAUGGUAGUUGCAGCUUUAGUUGAAAAAAAGAGGUUAACCCUAGUGGAGAAAGAUCCGGUUAAGGGUUCCAAUUCAAUGAGUGUCUUCUGGUUAGCUCCUCAGUUUCUCAUAAUCGGAUUCGGAGAUGGAUUUACUAUUGUGGGAUUGCAAGAGUACUUUUAUGACCAAGUUCCUGAUUCAAUGAGAAGCCUAGGCAUUGCAUUUUACCUUAGUGUGAUUGGAAUGGCAAAUUUCCUCAGUAGCUUGUUGAUAACAGUCGUGGACCGUGUAACUGAGAAGGGAGGGAAGAGUUGGUUGGGAAAGGAUUUGAAUAGUAGCCGUUUGGAUAAUUUCUACUGGCUUUUGGCAGCCAUUGCAGCGGUGGACUUGUGCGUGUAUGUGUUCUUGGCCCGGCGGUAUUCUUACAAGAAUGUGCAGGGAAGGGCUGCUGUGGCCGUAGCCGAUUGUUAUGACGGUGAUGAGGCAGGGGCAAUGGCUUGAGCCUUAAGGUCUGGAGUCCUGUAGUUUUGUGUAUUAAGACCAUCUUUUUUUCCCGAUUACUCAGGUGUCUAGGUCAGCUUACGCGCACCUCUACUAAUCCUGGGGGGCUAAUCUAGAGCAAAACUCCGUAUGGAUUGGCUCCAAAGGAGUUGAUAGCACCUGGGAGGUUUCAAACCUGAGACAUUAGGAGGGAGCAAACUCCUAAGUUGCGAGUCUUGACCGCUACGCCAAACCCUUGGGGUUGUAAAUUAAGACCAUGUUUGUGGAGGGUCUUUUUGUUUCGAAGAAUCUAAGAAAUUUGUUUCUUAGGUUUUUUAUCAGUUGGUUUCUGAUCUUGGUGGUAAAUCCAUCCAUGAAUCUAUUAACCAAUUACGGCCUUGGUGCAUUAUUUCUGUUUGAGUACUAUUACUUUUCUUAAAAUCCAAUGGAGCUUUAGUUAAAA